UUUAAUAUCAAAGUAUUAUGCUAAAUUGUUACAAAAAACCACAUCUCCUUUUGUUUGUCGCUAUUUUUAUUUCACAAAGUCAUCCAAUCUUUCAUUAAAUCAUUUCUGUUAUAUCUUCUUUUUUUGCGAAGGAACAGCAGAUGUUAUGUGCGAUUCAACAUAGCUAUUUGAAUAUUUAAGUUUGCUGUGUUUUUUUUUUAUCUUGAAAAGCGAAAAAGAAAAGAAAUGUUUCGGUUCAAUAAAUAAAUGAAAAAGAGAAGAAGAAGAAAAUAAGAAAAGAAAGAAGAAGCAUAAAUUAAAAAAAGAAAAGCAAAAACAGAGUGAGUUUUGGAAAUAUGCAACAUGUAUUUACGCUGGAGAAAAACUUUAAUGAUUUCUUUGGACUCAAUAAAGAUCAAGCUGAUAAAGAAGUUGUGUCGGUGAGUGACACCACACUGAUCUCAACAGUGGGGUCUAACACUGCGGGAGAGCUGGUGGAUUACGGCCAAAACGAGGCGUCGCUUCAUAACGGACACAGACCACUUGGAAGUCACAGAAAUGAUCAUUUCUAUCCCCGCGAAAGUCCGAAUAAACGAGCAAAUAACAUAGAUAACCGAGGCAUAGAUUUCGGCCGCGAAAUUGAUCCUACGUCUCCAUAUAAAUUCGAUUACCAAGGCAGUCCACUUCCGUUUUCCGACGCUUCGACAGACGGUGAAUCUGGCGUGUCGGAUACUUUUAAAAAUUUAUUAAAAAGGGACUACCUUUCCAUGCGAAAUGGUUACAGUUUUUCCGCCCACUCUACACCGUCAAGAAUAAUCCGGCCGUUCUCUGUCAGUAACGAAAAUAACGACGUGCCGUACACAUGCGCAAUAGACUUGAAUUUAGACUAUACGAUACACGUCGGGAAAUUAGCCAUCUACGUGAAACAAAUACGAUUCAACAUUAAUCGUGUCGAAGAAUUUGUCAUCGAUAAUUUUCGUGUGCGAGGGAAAAUAAAAUGUUGCUUGUUAAAUCCGGCAAAAGGCCAGCGAAAUACAUCGAAUGUAUUCGAAGCGACUCGAAGAAACAAGAAAAUUGUUUAUGUGGAUUUAGACGAGUGUUUCGUGUUUUAUUUGUUCCCUAAAACUGAAAUUCCAUUGAUGUCAUUAUCUUUUAAAGUUCACGUAAGUAAAAAACUCUUUCGUGAAUACUCGCUUGGUGAAAGUGUUAUAAGAUUGGGUGAUUUUGAUUUGAAUGCGGAGAUGUUGCCCAUGACGAUAACGUUUGGUGAAACACUAACCGAAGAAAAACGAACUCGGUCUCUUCAACCAGUUGUGUUGCCGAAAAGCGAAAAAUUGGAGAUUCUUCUAUCACUUGAAUAUAACGCUGAUACGGCAAAAUUAAUCGUUAAUGUUGAUCAAACUACAAAAUUGGAUGAACUAAGGUACGAGUCGAAGCGAGAGAUUAUAUUUCAAGCGGAGCUUGUAUCACCCUCUUGUGAGUGCGUGCAACGUAAAACAACUUUCCUCCGUAUAUCAGAAGAUAAUCCAGGCUCCAAUAAGCCGUUCCAGUUUGACUUACCACAAGAAGACCUGCUUCUAAACACGCUGAUGCUGAGCGUGUCCUAUUCAGCCACACGCUGGCUGCAACAGGAAAAGAUUGGUUGGAUUGCAUUUGGUAGAAACUGUAGCGGGCAAGUAGAAGCAGAACACUGGGACCUUAUGAUAAGCCAAAGCCUGCUGAAUGAACCCGCAGUGCAAUGGCAUUGUUUAUGUGAAUGCCCGGAUGUAAAUAAAAGUCAUACACUCUUAACGCGCGUGUUCAAAUAAGAGAAAAAGUUUUAAAUAAAAAACGGACGCACCCUGUAGUUUGUAAAACUUCAGGAUUAUACUUUAUAUAACUUGUUUGUUUAUAUCUUAAACGUCUAUAAUAAAGUAAUUAAAAUUAAUGAUAUGUCA